AUGAAAAUGUCCUUCACCCGUUUGCCCCUGGCUCAGGAGAACAACCCUCUCGUGUUUACCCAGCUCUCUCAAGCCCUAGGCGUGCAGCCUACCCUCGGAUUCUACGACGUCUACAGCAUCGAUGAUCCUGACCUCCUCUCCUUCAUUCCUCGCCCCGUAUACGCCCUACUCUUCACAUGUCAGCAAGCCGUGUUCUUCAGAGCUCGAGACGCCGAUUAUGAGGCAAUGGAAGAGUACAAAGGCUCUGGCGACUCCGAACCCGCUAUGUGGUUCCGUCAAACUAUUGGUCAUACAUGUGGAUUGAUGGCACUGCUACAUGGUUUGAGCAAUGGCGAGGCAAAGCAGUACAUCAAGCCAGGGUCAUUGUUAGCAAAGCUGCUGAAGGAAGCCAUACCACUGCAGCCAACAGAAAGAGCCAAGGUGCUCUAUGAUUCACAAGAAUUGGAAGAUGUCCACAUGGCUGCUGCGACAAUUGGCGAUACAGAAGCUCCUCGGUCGGAAGAGCCUUCAGGAAACCAUUACAUAUGCUUUGCCAAGGGUAGUGACGGGCACUUGUGGGAGCUGAAUGGAGGUAUGAAGGGCCCGGUAGAUCGAGGAGCAUUGGCAGAAAAUGAGGAUAUGCUGAGUGAAAAGGCUUUGCAACUGGGCGUCCGAAGCUUCCUGAAACAUGCUAGAGAAGAAGAGAUGGACUUUAGUAUGGUUGCUAUGGCUCCGUCGUUAGACUGA